AUUCAGUGGUUAGUAAACGUCAUAACGUAACCUACAAAUGUUAACAAAACGAACAAAACUACAAAAAACACGACACUUAAGACAUUAACUAAUUCAUUACAAGUAUUGGAGAUUAAAAAGGUUUAUACAAAAAGUAUGCCCCGAAAUAAUUUACCUAUAGAUAAAGUACGUAGGACUCGUAGGAGGUCGAUAGUUGAAGGACGCGAGAACGAAAGCAAGCUUAAAAUUGAAAAGAAAACUAAGUUAAGCUACCGUACAAAAUACGUUGAAAACGUUAAGACCGAAAUUGAAAAGUGGAAAAUGCAUAUAACAGAAACUUUAGAAAAGAUAAAUAAGUUCAAAUCUGAGAAUAAUCUGCAAAAUAUGGCUGCUGACCGGAAUAUUCUAUCCUCUCGAUAUCGGGACUUAAUUGCUUCUUUUGAUUGUGAGGAAUAUGUGAGAAGAGUGUAAUUUUAAUGACUCGGCUAUGAUUAUUACAUAUAAAAUUCAGAAUAAAUCAGAGAUCGAACUUAAGAAAAAGUAUUUAUUUAUACAGAGAAAAUUAGAGAGACAUUAAAGAUAAGUAUUUUAUUGAAGAUACGGUUUGAGCUGAA